CAAAGAGCUGUCCCUCUUUAAUCUUUAAACUCUCCCUGGGACCGACCAGCACAUUUGCCAUAGCUCCAGCUAUUGCAGUUUCCAAAACACCAAAAAAAAAAAAAAAGAAAACAGAACAUACUUUGCUUUGCUCCUCAAAAUCCGACUUCUCCUAUCCCUUCAUAUAUUAUUUUCAACCAACAAAAAAGAAGCCCAACUCUUCUCUCCUCUCACUUUUUUCCUUCCAAUUCUUAACCAAAAACCAAGGUAGCAUGGAACUUAUUCUUGAAUUUGUGUUUACUGUUUCUCUUUCUUUUAUUCUUUCCUUCAUUCUUGCUAAGCUUCUUUCUUUGUCGUCUAUCAUUGAUCAACGUCUUGAGGCUGUGUCAAGAUCAUGGAUGGAAGUCACAACUAAAUCAGAAAAAUAUGUUCUUCAAUGUGAAAAGGAACUUGGGUCUGUUUCAGAAGUUGUAAAAGUUGAUGCAUUAGGUGAAUCUGUGGAAGAAAAGAGUACUCUUGAAGAGUCUUUGAAUGGUAGUUAUGGAUCAACAAAACUAACGGAGGAAACUAUGGAAGAAAUUAGUUGUGGUGAGGAGAAUUUUGUUAAUGAAACCACUGAGAUAGAACUAGCUGAAGAGGGUGAAGAAGAGAUUGAGGUUUUGGAGUGUGAAAAAGAGAAUGAAGGAGAUUGCUUAAAGGAGGGCUUAUCUGAUGAGGAUGAUGAUGAUGAUGGUGAUUGGGAGGAAAUUGAAAGAACCGAAUUGGAGAAGGAUUUUAGUGCUGCAGUGUGUUUUUUGGAGUGUAGAAGUAGAGCUGAUCAAACUUUGAAACUUGGCAAUAAUGUAAAGAUGCAAUUGUAUGGACUUCACAAGAUUGCCACUAAAGGGCCUUGCCAUGAGCCUCAGCCUAUGUCAUUGAAGUUGUCUGCUCGUGCAAAAUGGAAUGCCUGGAAAAGACUUGGGAACAUGAGUCCAGAAGCGGCCAUGGAGCAGUAUAUCACCCUUCUUUCAAGAAGCAUCCCUGGGUUGAUGAAAGAUGACAUUUGGGAGGAUGGUAAACAGUAUUCUGCAGAUCUCAAAGCAUCAUGGAAACUGCCUUUGGAUGUAAAAACGAUGCCAGCAAAUCAACCAAUAGCUGUAGAUUACAGGACUUUUAAUGAAUCAAAGGCGCGCAUUUAAAGUUUUGACAGGACAAGAUCUGCUGUUUACACACCUGGAAUAAGGAAAGGCAACUGGAUCAUUGCAUCCUAUGCCGGUUUGCUCUUCAUCAACCAGCUUUCAUCUCAGAAAUCUCACAGCUUCAAACAACCAUGGAUAAGGAAUUUGCUUAAAGAACAAUUGUCAGGAGCUUCUGCUUAGUAAUAUCCAAAAUAUAUAUUACAGUGCUAAUAAUCAACUAACACUGUAUUUGUACAGCUUUCAGCUUUGUGAAUUUUUCUUUUUUUUUGUUUGAGUUGGGAUGUACAGCUUUCAGCUUUGUGAUAUUCAUAUUUCUCAUGUUUUUCCAUUUCUGGACCAAUUUUUUCCUUUUUUUUAUUUUAUUUUAUUUUGAGAAAUGGAGAUUCUAACCGGUUCAUUGAA